ACACGACACUCUCUAUGAAAAGAUUGUAAAAACUUAUCCUUAUUGUAGUGUAUUUUACGUAAUUUAAUCAAAAUGUUGGAUUUAUUUAGCAUAUUUAGUAAAGGAGGCAUAGUUCUAUGGUGUUUUCAGAGUACAAGUGAAAUAUUUUCGCCAUCUGUAAACGCUCUAAUUCGUAGUGUUAUCCUACAAGAGCGUACGGGAAAUAACACUUUUAAUUAUAAUGCUUUGACUCUUCAAUAUAAGCUAGACAAUGAAUUCGAGCUGGUUUUCGUCGUUGCUUAUCAGAAGAUUUUGCAAUUAUCCUAUGUGGACAAAUUUUUGAAUGAUGUUCAGCUGGAGUUCAGGGAUAAAUACAAAAAUGAUUUGCAAAACAACAGUCUUAUCAUGGAUUUUAAUUUUCGAUCAACAUUCGAUAGAGUUCUUAAAGAGUGUGAAGUAUGGGCUAAAUCUCAAGCAAAGCUACCUAAGCAAAUGAGAACUUUUGAAGAUUCUCAAAAAUCUAAAAAGACUGUUGCUUCUAUGAUAGAGCGUAGAGGUGAAGAAAAAAGUAAAAAAUCAGUGAAAAUAGUUGAAAAUAAAAAUAUUACUAAUGGCAAGGUAGAAGAAGCCGCUAAAAUUGAAGAUGAUGUGAUUGCUGCUAAUAGAGCUAAACUAGCUCAAAAGCUCGCUACAAAGACCAAAAAAGAUGUAAAGAAGUCUCCUAAAAGUCCUAAGAAUGAAGACCGGGUGAAGCAGCCGCGCGUGUGGGCGUUGGGGGGCGAUACCCGCGAUCUUCCUUCGCUGGACUUCAGCACCGAUAAACCUGAAGACGCUGAGGACAAUAUCAGUGCUGAUACAGAGUUGGUCGGCAAAAUGACUGGGGCCAUCCGUGACCUGGAGGUGGAAUCGGAAGAGAGCAGCAGUGAAGAGGAAGAGGAAGCCCGAGAACAACCCAGCCCCAAAAAAUCUGGAGGAAUGUUCAGCAUCAUUAAGGGUCUGGUGGGAUCGAAGGCUUUGACGGAGGACAGUAUGCGUCCGGUUCUGGACAAGUUGCGUGACCAUCUGAUCGGCAAGAACGUCGCCGCUGAUAUCGCCAACAAGCUCUGUGAAUCGGUCGCUGUCAAGUUGGAAGGAAAGGUUUUAGGGACUUUCGAUAGCGUCGCCAAAACAGUUAAAGCGACGCUUACGGAGUCUCUAGUUCAGAUCCUGUCGCCGAAACGUCGCGUGGAUAUAUUACGCGAUUGCUUACACGCGAGGGAACAAGGCCGCCCUUACGUGAUGGCUUUCUGUGGGGUGAACGGCGUCGGCAAAUCGACGAACCUGGCGAAGAUAUGUUUCUGGUUGAUCGAGAACGACCUGACCGUGCUGAUAGCCGCGUGCGACACGUUCCGCGCGGGCGCCGUGGAGCAGCUGCGCACGCACGCGCGCCGCCUCGCCGCGCUGCACCCGCCCCGCGCCCCCCACGCACCCGCCGCCGUGCAGCUCUACGAGAAGGGAUACGGCAAGGACGCGGCCGGUAUAGCUAUGGAGGCUAUUAAGUUCGCUGCCGACAAUCGCAUAGACGUCGUGUUGAUCGAUACCGCGGGCAGGAUGCAGGACAACGAGCCCCUCAUGAGGGCACUAGCUAAACUUAUCAAGGUGAACGAACCCGACCUGGUAUUGUUCGUGGGCGAAGCGUUGGUAGGUAACGAGGCGGUCGAUCAACUGGUUAAGUUUAACCAAGCGUUAGCGGACCACAGCGCCUCGUCCAACCCGCGCGCCAUCGACGGGAUAGUGCUCACCAAGUUCGAUACUAUCGACGAUAAAGUCGGCGCCGCGAUAUCGAUGACCUACAUCACUGGCCAGCCUAUAGUGUUCGUUGGCACCGGACAGACUUACACCGACCUGAAGGCUUUGAAUGCUAACGCCGUUGUUCACGCGCUGAUGAAGUGAUUUAAUUGUAAGAGAAAUUUUGCGUUAUGGCCGGUCCACACGUUAUUAAGUAGGUAAUUAAUAAUCUACUUAGAAUUUUUAAUUUCAUUUUCAUUGAUCAAGUACGUGUAAACUCACUAAUAAGUAAUAAUAAGUAAGAUGAAAUUUAAUUCAAAUCAAUCUAAUAAGUAUUUAAUUAAAUUUUAAUUUGCUACUUAUUACUUAUUUGUGUGUUUAAUCAUAGUUAAUCGCUUGAAAUUAAGUUAAAAUUCUACUUACUUAUCUACUUAAUUACGUGUAAACCAGCCAUUAGAGUUAUCCGUAAAAUAUGUCACAUGGUUUUUGUGAUUUUUUGACCGUCUUGUCACAAUUGGUCACGUUAAUUAUUGUACACUAGAGCAUUAAAAUAGCAGUUCGAAAAUUUGUUUAGUCAGCAUUCCGACAAUUGAAAUUUCGUGAUUUAACAUUGGUCAUUGAAAUGUGACGUCAUAAAAUUUAGUAUCCUUCCCACACAGACAGACUUUGCCCUUUCUUAACGUGUGACGUAAUUUUACGGACGGGUCCUUAUUUAGGUACAGACUACUGCACGUUAGGUUAUACAAAAAGUCUUAUGGCAUUUUGAACCUUAAUAUCUAGAUAAUAAACUACAGAAACUAAUGCGGUGACCUAUUGUAGAAACCUAAUAUGCUGUGUGUACAUCUAGAAAAGUUUUAUUUUAUUAAUAUACCGAAACAAAACUGCAUCUGACUUUAUACUCAAUAAUCGUUUGAGUACUACGUAAGUAGAAAUUUAGCUAAUCUUUAUAAAUAAAUUAAAUUAUAACUCAAUUAUCUACCUCCCUCAAAAUAGUAAGCAAAACUGCUUCCAACGUAAACAGUAAGUUCUAACUAAUAUGGCGCUUAUAGCUUGAGUAGCUCGGUGGCGUAGUGGAUAAGCGCUGCGGCCCGCGAUCGUCAUUGUUAAGCAAGGUUCGUUCACAGGAUGGGUGACCAAAUAUCUCGAGCUACUCCGUAUUUUGAAUGGCACGUUAGCGGUCCCGGCUGCAUUUUGCAGUCAUUAAUAUACUUCAAACCGCAUUGACUGACAAUUUAGCCUUCAACACAGGUACUUCGGUGAAACAUAUUAGUUGAAAGUUACUGCUUACUUCUUCGAAUUAAAAUCGAAAUUUCUAAUGAGACAUUGCUUUCGUUAUUCUGCCAUUGGUGUUUACGUAGUACUUGAAUGAUUUUUUUUUUAUCAGAAACACGUAAUUAUAUAUUUGUUACUGCAAUUUUGAUGCGAUGCUAUUCUUUAAUACCUGGAAACAUGAGCUUGUUAAAAAUGAUAGGCAACAUUACAAUGAAGUGUAAAAUAAACUUAUUUCCGUAAUUAGAAAUUAUAAAAUUAGUUGAAAAAUCGCAUUUUUUUGAUUUCAAUUUUUUUUAAAUCAUAUUUUAUUGAGAAAAUUAUGUUUAACUGGAUUAUCAAAAUGAAAAAAAAAACGGGAAUGGGUAAUUUAUGGAUUAACAUUUAAAGUAAAAAAAUAUUUGAUUUAGAAAUGACGCAAUAGUCUUGUAAUUCGAUUAUUUGUUUCUAAUAGAAUUCUAAACAUGAACACCAAUUAUAUUAGUAUAAAGAUUUAAAAUUGGUAAAAAUUAUAGUUCUGCAUAACUUUCUGUUAAGUCAAACACUUAUUAAAUAUCUAAUAUUGUUUUCAAAUAUUACCUAUCACAUAGUUAUGUUAUAAUUGUUAUUAAAUUAAUAUAUACCUAGUACAAUUUUAUUAAAGAAAUAUUGUUUUCUAAGGCUUUAUAAUUAGGUCAAUGGUUUUAAUGAUUACCUGUAAUAUUUUUAUUCCGUUAAAAUGAUUCCAUAAUUAUGUUUAAGACCUGUGAAGUGAUAUGUACCUACCAUCUUUAUUUUUGAUUUGAAUAAAUGUUUAUUUUUUUA